AUGAGCGAAGGAUCUCUCUGUUCAUGGAUUGCCGGCGCCCAGUUAGCACCGUUUGGUUCGCAGGCCUUCUCCACGAGUGCAGGUACCUCUCUGCUUGCCAUUGGGGGCCUCUGCGAAGAAGAAGACCUGAAUGAUGAUGGAGGUCACGUAGGAGAGAAGUCCCGUUCACGAAGCGAUGCCCUCAAGACAUCAAAGGAUCUCUCGAUUCAUGGGUCGCCGGUGCCAAUUAGCACCAGUUGGUUCGCAGGCCUUCUCCACGAUCUUGAGGGAACCAGAAAUUGUGCGUUGGUCGAGGAAAGUGUACUGAAGCCACGCCUACAGGCUACAACUGACCAGUUACUCCACCGGUUCAUGCCUAAGAUAGCAGAGCCCGAGUGGUAUGCUUCCUGUCUAUGUGCCCUGGGGAACUCUGAACUUGAGCACAAGGAGUACGAGACGAGUAGGGUGAGAAGGAAAGAGCUUGACUGGCAAUCCAUUUUUGUGUUGGUGGUCGUGCUAACAAUUGAGUCUGUUGCGGGAGAAAUGUUUUUUUUAUUCUUCCAAUUUGUCGGCUCCAAUUUGCUGUUCAAGGCUCGGCCCUUAGCGGUGUUGGGGGACGGGCAACACUUGUCUGGUGGUAGCGCGGUGAUGGCGGUAUUAAGAUGGCAACGCGAUGCUGGAAACAGAGUUGUGAGUGAACCCGACGGCGGUGCUGUGCUUCGAUAG